ACAACACGCGCGUGUGUACAAUUGUUCGGUUUGCUCCGAGAAACGGCAAAAGUGACAAUUUAACGCGAGCUAUUACGCAUUGUUUGCAGAAGUGUUUCAAGAGUGUCGAGAGUAUAUUUCGAGAGUGUAUUUCGGUGUUUAAAGUAUGCGAAGUGGUUAUUUUACGUAUGCGUAAUUAUCGCUCGUGCAUAAUAUAACCUAAAAUUCAACCUAGAGAGUGAAGUUGACGCCGGCGCGGAAAAUAUUUAUAAUUACGAAGUGUGGCGGUACUGAUUGCAUAGUCGUCGUUAAACUGAUAUUAUUAUCGUCGUUAAAUCGUCUUUUCGUUGAGUACUUUCAGAAUAGAAAUUAUCUAACUGGAUAAUUAUGCACAUAAAUUAUGCACAUUGUUAUUUACUAUGAUAAAUGUGCAUAAAAAUUAUCAACAGUUUGGAACAUAAAUACGCCAUAUUGAAGAUUUUGGAAUAUUUAUUAUUUAAAUAUGGCAGAUUAUCUUUCUGCUGAGCUUACAGCCACUUGCGCUGUACUUGGAUACUUUGAUGGAACUGAUUACCAUUUAGAUAAAAAUUGCUUAGAUGUAAUAAAAGAUCUUAUCAGAUAUCUCAGGAGAGAUGAUGAUACGCAUACUAUAAGACGCUUUCUUGGUCAAACAAAAUUACUUCAAACAGAUCUUGUAAAGAUUCUUAUACAUCAUGUUAAAUAUACUGAACUUUGGGAUGUUUUAUUACGAUUACUUAUUAAUUUAACAAGUUCUGCAUUUGUAAUUUAUAAUGAGCAGAUACCAACCGAGAAAACAACAUAUAGUUUGUAUCAACAAAUAAAUUUACAUUUACAAGAUUAUAAGGCAGCAUUAACCGAUGACAAUGUAUGGUUAACAGUAGCUGGGCGAUUGGGAGGAUUACUUAAGAUUGAUAGUACAGAAAGGGAAGAGGAAAAUGAAUUAACAAUUGAAAGAAUACUUAUUUUUAUUAGAAAUGUAUUGCAAGUGCCACCUAAUGAUAAUGAUAAAAGAGGUGAUAAUGAUGCUACUAUUCAUGAUGAGAUAUUGUUUGCGUUUCAUGCGUCAGGAAUAGUGGAUAUACUGUUGUUUAUUGUCAGUAAUAAUAAAGAACAGCAAUAUCACAUGCAAAUUUUAGAGAUUAUAUCUUUGAUGUUACGUGAGCAAAAUGCAAGCCAAUUGGCUGCAUCUGGUUUACAACGCAAUACUGCCGAAAAAGAAAACGAUGAGGCUAAACUUGUAGCCUUACGCAAAAAGGAAUUGCACGAAAAGAUGGACAAAGUAAAAAAAUAUGCCGGAUCUAGACAUUCACGAUUUGGCGGUACUUACAUUGUCCAAAAUAUGAAAGCAACUGGAGAAAAUCAAAUGAUAUGUCAUAGACCGUAUAAAAAAAUCGAAACUCUGGAAUUUGGUCAUAAUAAGAAAAGAGUGAAACGACGCAAAGAUAAAAUGAGGGUACAGGACGCUAAAGUGGAACGUACAUCUGUCCUCAGUGUACGACUUUUUCUAAAAGAAUUUUGCGUGGAAUUUCUUAGUGCAGCAUACAAUCCCGUAAUGAAAUUCGCCAGAUCUUGUAUCAUUAAUGUUACUCAUGGUGAAGCAUCCGAAAUAACUUCUUAUUUAUGGGCUUUGCGUUUUUUUAUGGAAUUCAAUCGCCAUUACAAGUUUGAAGUGAAAUACGUGAGCGAAACGAUAUCUACAGAAGUAUUUUAUUUAGUACAAAGACAAAUGGAACACUACUAUGAGAUGAUGAUAACUGAUAAGAAAAAGAUACCGCUUUGGUCUCGCAGAUUGCAUUUAGCAUUGAAAGCAUAUCAGGAGCUUCUUAAUACUCUUAUGGCAAUGGAUAAGAGCAUAGAUCGCGGUGUCAAAGAAUCCAGCAAAAUAAUUAAAAACAACAUCUUUUAUGUUCCGGAAUAUCGGGAAACGAUACUCUCUCAGUUUUUGUGUUUCGAUGAGACUAAAAUGUCACGGCAAUACUUAGUGGAUCUUGUCACGACUGUUCAUAUAUUUUUGAAAAUGCUCGAACAUUUUUGCCAGAAAGGUCAACGACACCUCAUGGUUCAACAAACAAAGCCAAAGCGAAAAAAAGCUAAAAGACAAAAAAAACCUGCUCAUCAGAGGAUUGUAACUCCGGUUCCUACUUUGGAAGAACGUUGGGACAUUAUUAGUUCUGAAUUAUCUGCUGUAAUGCAAGAUGGUAUCAUACCAGAAGUGGUGCCAUUUGAUGCAACCUUAGAUAUGCCUAUUGACGAUCAGAAAUCAGAUGCUAUGAAGAAAAUACAGAAAUUAAUGCGACAGAGCAACUUGGAACAGGCGCUUGGUCUCUUACGUACUGCAAGAGUAAUCUGGCCCGAGAAUGACUGCUUUGGAAGAACGGAUAUACCUCCCGAGGAAGAAUUUCUAGCUCUUCGAGAAAUUUUCUUUGCGGAUCUGGGCGUAGUAGAAGACCAGCCUGUUGAAGAAAUAAAUGAGAAUGAAAAUAUUGAAAAUUCUGCAAAUGAAACAGACGAAGAAGAGAAUGAAGAAGAAGAAAUAGAAACUGUUCACGAGACUGAUUUUAAAUUGGACGAAUUUCUUCAAAGGUUCGCCAACGUAAAGGUUGUUAAAGCUUUAACACUGCUACUGCAGCAAUUCGAGAACAAUACGGUCGAGGUAAAUCACUAUGUAAUAAAAAUGCUACAUCGAAUUGCUUGGAAUUGUAAAAUGCCGGCCAUGAUAUUCCAAGCGUCUAUAUUUCGGAUCUUUCAAAGACUCCUUGAAUCAAAGGAUCCUGGAUACAAGGAGCUCCAAAAGUUCGCGGUUUUCAUAAUCCGCCGUUUCAUCGAAGUCGCCGAGAAGAAUCGGAAGUCGUACAUGGAGCUGCUCUUCUGGAAGACCACCCGUGACGCGACAGAAAUCGUGGAUGGCUACAACGCGGAAACGAGUAGCAAGAAAGUUUCACGAGCAGUCUGGACGGAGGCGGAAGAGGACGAACUGCGUACCCUCUUCAUGGAGCAUCAGACUAACAAAUACCCUCAAGACCUGAUAGAUUGGCUUUUGGAGCACAUCAUCAACGAAAAUAGAACGCGACGUACCAUCAUUAAAAAACUCAAAGAAAUGAGUUUGAUUGUCAAUUCCAAGAACGUGCGAGCUGAGGUACAAAAGAGGUUGCCUAAGGAAUGGUCCGAGGAAGAAAUUACCCAGCUUACGGAACUUUGGACACAGUUCAAGGACGAUGACGAUCCCGUGGAUUUGAUUUUCACCGGUCUUAGAAUAAAGCGGCCGAAGUCGAAGAUCAAGGAAAAGCUUUUGGAAUUAGGAUUGGCGCAGGAUCGCAAGGAGCUGCGCAAAAAACGGGCCAGAAAAAGCAACCAAGGUAAAUCGUCGUGGGAAACGCAAGCUGCCAGUAAUUCUGAUGGGAACGAAAGUUCAGCCACCGACGACGAAGACGACGAAGAAACUCGAAAAUCCUCGAAGCGCGGCGGCGCGCUUCGUCGGAGCGAGGAGUCGACGAAAAAGAAGCAACGGAACAGGCGGAAGCUACCGACGAUCGUUUACACGGAUGCACAAUUAUCCGGUCUCUUGAAGGACGUCAUCGACAAGGACAUGAGAGAGGCGUUGGAAUGGAUCAAGGAAUCUCUGCAAGACAUUCUGGACGAUCGUGACGAGGAAAGCUCCGAGGGCAUACCCUUGGUGCCGCUGACAGAUUACUCGUCGACCGCGAUGGAUUCACCGAGUUUUCAAAAGCUUCUCCGUGGCCUGGGAUUUAUGCCACCGGCUGAUGCCCAGGAAUCUUAUUGGCGUAUUCCGGCGAAUAUGCUUACAAUCACGAUUCAGAAGCGCUACAAAUUGAUCGAAGACGCUUUAGCCGGCAAAUUUGUCGCCGAGGAAACGCGACCAGAAUCGCAUAAAGAUCAUUCUGACACUGACGAAAAGAUGGACGACAGUGGAGACGAUGUCGACGUAUUUGAGAAUGUUAAAAAAUUCUUUGUACCCACAGAAACCAUUCAAUUAGUUUCGGAGCCAUCAACUUCCAAACAAUCGGAACCGCACACUCAGUUAUCACAGGAAUCUAGAACACUAUCGCAUUUAAAUGAAGAAAGCGAUGAAGCAGUAGAAGUAGUAGAAAAAAUUAAUGAAGAUGGCAUAGGCAAUACGAGAAAUCGCAUAAGAAUGUUUAAUGAUUCCUCUGACUCGGAAAUAGAAAUUCAAAGGAACAUUGAUGGUAAAAACGAUGAUACAAAGAGGGAUAGAUCCGAUUCUUCCGAUAUAGAUAAACCAUCUAAUAAGAAACGCCGAUUACUUGAUAGCGACGAGGAAGUAGAAUCGUUAAAAGAUGACGAUGCAAACAAGACAAAUGAUUUUCACGUAAUAAUUAGCGAUGACGAAGAAUCGUUGUCUAAUGUGCCAUCUGAGCGACCUAAAUUAUCUCGCAUAAUAAUCAGUGAUGAAGAAGAUUAAAAAGUAACAUGUAUUUAUUCAUCUAAUUUUAAAUAUUCAAAGUGUUCUUACAUAUUCAAAAUGUUAUAUAGACAUAGAGAAAGUAUAUACUAUAUAUUAUUUUAGUGCUUUUUUAAAUUUUAAUCAAAGUUAAACACAUUUUAUCGAUUCAAAGAAUCAUCUCUGUGAAAAAUAUUCAUCACUGAAAUUAAAAGUUGUAAAAAUAAAAGGAGGUAGAUAUUCAGUUUUGAAGAAUCAUCAUUAACACAAUAUGUUAUCAUUUAUAAAAAAAUACAAAUUUCUUUAUAAUUUUUGAAAAAUAUACUUUAGCAUUGUUAACUUCAGUUGGGAAGCUUGAAUCUGCGAUGCGUGAGGCACUCUUACAGGUAUGGACUUUAUCAACGAGUGCUGGAACGAGGUCUCGUGUACUAUAUGUUGUAAGUUUCGUCAAGGUUCCACGACGCUCUUACGGGACAAUCGGUUUCAUCCGGGGUACACUUCAGGGUGCCAAGAAAAACAGUUCCCGAAAGGCGUCCACAUUUCGCCAAGUAACGACGAAGAGAACAUGCGAGCGCGGUAGUGCCGGCUGGCAAGGCUGGUCUCCCUCGAGCGGGGUCCGGGUCAUGUGAUCACCAAGCGUUCGUCCCGCUCGAGAUUGCGGCACGUUGAGCGACUACCUCCUCGAUCACGUGCAUCCCGGCUCGAUGGUUGGCCAAUGUGGAUGACUUUACGUCUUUUGAUGGGCAGGUGAGGAGUCUUGGCGAGUGUUAACGAUACGUACGUGUGCAUCGAGACGUAAUCGCGCGACGAAAGACCAACUCCCACCUUUUUCAAUACCACCUUCGACGGCAUCACCGAUCGCGGAACGACACAUAAUGUCGCCGCAAGGACUUCGCGACUCGCGGAUGUACGAUCAGGGGAUCAUGCCAGGCUAAGAAUGAAAAACCUAGCCGGAACCUAGUCACGAAAUAUAUUGUACGAAGCCUCGGACUUUGGUAUAUGCAAUAAUAACAUACAAUUAUUAUUAUUAAAUAUAAAUAUAAUAUUAAAUUUACUUGCAUAAAACACAUGUGCGAGUAAAUUAAUUGACUGUUUUCUUCGAUAAUCAAAGAUUGUUCCUAGUAUUUCCAAGAACCCAUUCUGAUUUAUAUACGU